AUGAAAAAUUUGGAAUUAAGAAAUGUAAGAGAAGAAAUAGUAUGCUUCAUUUGUUCACAGGAACUUCAUUUGUUCGAUAUCGCUGCAUUACGUUGCGGUCAUACAUUUCACCCUCAAUGCGUUUUACUACUGGUUAACAUUUUUAAGAAAUGCCCAGUAUGUAAGAAGCAAGCUCAAGAAGAUAGCAUUAUUCCGCGCUUAUUUCUUGAGAUCGGUGAUAAAGAUGUCGAAAACACAACCACCAGUGAUAACAAAAAUGAAGAACUAUUAACCGAGGAGACUUUGAAUAAUUUAAACCAAAUGGAAAUGCAAGUGAGACUUGCUUCUCUACAGAUAGAGCAUAAUAUAGCAUCAAUUGAAAUGUUGAAGAAAGGAAUUGAAAAAUGUUUGGAAAUUUACGAAAAGAGAAACGUUUGA